AAAAUAUAUCAGCAUCUUCUUGCCUACUUUCCCCUCAGCUCACUCCUCCACUUUUUAGGGUUCUCCCCCCACCCCCACCCUCGCCCUCACCCUCACCCUCACCCUCACCCUCACCCCUCUCUCUUGAAGCUGACCACCCAACCACUCAAAUCUCUUGGAAGUCCCAGAUCUAUCAUUCUAUUUAAAACCUCAUAAAUCCUCAUUAAUAUACUUUCCCCUUAAGACUAGUUGACUCAUGUGCAAAAACAUUUUCUUGAUUUUUCUACCACUUCCCAAUAUGAACCAAAAUCGAAAUCUCUUAAUUUCUUCUAGACCUUUACACAUUAUUUGCAGCUACUACAAUCUUUAACAUUUUAUUCCCAGCUUAAAAAUCAGGUCUUUUUUGGUAUUUCUUAUUUGGUUAUGUCAUUUUGGGAAUGAUGAAACGGACAAUGCGACCAUUGCUCAGUGUAUUACUGCUAAUGGCAGUGGCAGCUACACUUGCUGUUCGAGUUACCAUACGUUACAGCUCCAUUGAGCUGAAAAAUGAAUACCCUUUUGCAGCAAAGGCUCAAAAACCAGUUAUAAAUGAGACACUUUUGAAAUAUGCAUCUGUUGAUAUAGGGGAACCCAAGUUGAAAAAAGAAGUUGAGGAGUUAUUGGAAGGGAAUUUCAGAACCCAUAGUCGUCAUAGAUCAUUCUUGUCUUCAGGAAGAUAUAGAAUAGAUAUAAGACCAAGGACAGCUAGAGGUAUACCGGUACAACUCCGGUCACCGGAGUUUUAUCGCAUUUGGCAGAGUUUUAGGAGGCAUUUACAAGAUUGGUUUAGAAAUAGGAAGUUUCAUAAGGAGGAUGUAAUGGUGGAUUUGGUGAAUACAGUUAAGGUUCCUAUUGAUAGAAAUAAUGGGAAAGUGGGAUCAGAGAAAAGAUAUAAAUCAUGUGCUGUUGUAGGGAAUAGUGGGAUUUUGUUGAAGAGUCAGUAUGGUGAGUUAAUUGAUAGUCACGAAGCUGUGAUUCGAUUGAACAAUGCAAGAACUGGGGGAUUUGAAGGUAUAGUAGGUUCAAAGACUACUCUUUCAUUUGUGAAUAGUAAUAUCUUGCAUCUUUGUGCGCGGAGGGAAGGUUGUUUUUGCCAUCCAUAUGGAGUGAAUGUGGCCUUAGUUAUGAUUGUGAAGUAUUACUCGUUGAAACGAUUCGUGGAGGGAACUGGGAAGCCUCUUCAGGAAUGGGCUCCUGCUCAUGAUGGAGCUAAUUUCCAUUACUCUUCUGGUUUGCAAGCUGUGAUGCUUGCUCUAGGUGUUUGUGACAAGGUUAGUGUUUUUGGAUUCGGCAAAUCCUCUUCAGCUAAGCAUCAUUAUCAUACAAAUCAGAGGGCUGAGCUGAAGUUACAUGACUAUGAUGCAGAGUAUGAUUUCUACCGUGAUUUGGUAGAGAGACCACAGGUAAUACCAUUCAUCUCGGACAAGUUCAAGUAUCCUCCUGUUUCUAUAUACCAGUGACAUUUUCACUAUAAAGUGAGAGAUUGAUAGAUCAUAUGUUAAGUACGCAUUUUUCUGUUUAUCUUGUAUCAGUAUUCUUCCACGGGUGAGACUAGGUCAAAUUGUAAUUGUAGGUUAUGCAGGCCAUUUGGGGUACAACUCAAAUGUAAAAUUGAAUCACAUGAUGAAUGAAAUCUUUGGCGUGUUUCUUUGUGUUAAA